AUGCUGAAACGGGGUAGCAAGAAUAGUUACAACCCAUACUCCACGGGUCAGAGAGUUAAGAAAGAGGAGGCUAACGCCAAGAACAAAUUGGACAAACGACCCAAUAGACCCAACGUCUGGCUCAAACAGGUAUGUCAAACACAACCGAUUUAUUCAGUUAGCCACCUAGGUUUUAUACAUUUCUCAUGAGAAGGAAUGAGUGUUAUUAGUCUCACUGAAUUGAGACUAUUAUCUGUCCUUCAAAUAGUUAUUUUCCGUAUGUAAACAUGUAUCUCCUUCAUACAGUAUGCUAGACUUUCAAGUUUAAAAUGCAGUACCAUAAAAGGUGUUUUUGAAAUAACAUAAAGCAAGGUCUGCACUAGUUGUCCUAGUUGCGCCUCCUACUGGCAAGGUGUGAAGCUGUGUGAAGCUAUUUUCUGUUUCAUAACCACACCAUGCACCUGCCAUUGAUACGGUUUAGACUUUAAGAUGUGUACGAUUCAGGCCUAUACACUACACCACUGCAUCCAUGACAGUUAGACUCUGAUUUAGCCAUUAUUUCAUCAACUCUGUCAUUUAUGUUAGGUGUGUUGUAGUCCAUGGACAAGUUGGGACACUUGAUGGGUUGAUUUCAUUACUUUUCCGUCAUGUCUCAUCAAACCGUACAAAUUGAUGUUGCAUAAUGUGGCCUGAGUUUCUGUUUUCGGAGAGCUGUUUCAGGGUGUGGCAAGAAGUAGAGUCAGGAAGUGUUGCACAACACAGAAUCUUGUUAAAGUCUCAGUUCGUCUGUUUACCAACAACAGCCUGCCAACCACUGGCCAAAAAUAUCACACAUUAUUGUCCUGAUGUUUUUAUGCGAUGGUAAAAAUCAUCACGUUGUCCUUCUCCCUCUCCUCUCCCCCCUCCUCUCUCUUACCCAGCUGUCUAUUCUCCAGGAGCAGCCUCGUCGUGAUGCUAUCGACACCACCCCUUCCUCAACCUCAUCCUCCUCUUCCUCCUCCACCCUCUUCCCCAUUCCCGGUGCCCUAUCGGACUCCUCCGUGUCCUGCCCUGGCACCCCCAGUGUCCAGCACAGCAAGCUGGUGGGGGUGGGCUGCCCGUCCCCAGGGGCCACCAUGAAGAGGCCCACCGGCCUCAGCCGUCAUGCCAGUGCCGCGGGGUUCCCUAUCCACUCCUGGGUGUUCACCAAGGGCCAGGGGAAGGGGGCUGUCACCCCCACCCCUACCACCCCACAGGACAGCUCAGAGAGCAUGGCCAUUGAGGUGGAGGACAUCCCCUCUCUGUUAAGGGAUGUGGCCCGCUUUGCUGAGGCCGUAGAGAAGUUGAAGGACGUUGUAUUGGGGGAAGGUGAGUGGAAUAGGUUCACAUAGGUUUGUGCACUUCUCCUUUGUCUCUCCAAUGCUCAAAGCACUUUAGAUUGUAAAAGGGGGCAGGGUGGUGCAUUUUCAAAAUACAGUUAACUAACAGCUAUUCUCAGUCUCUGGAGUCAUGAUGUUCAUUUGGCUCCUCUAAGACUGUUAGACAGGCAUACAAGCUUAUAGAUGGGACAACUUAUCUUCAGAGAACUGGAGUCAGAUAUUUCAGUGUGCACAUGAUUGAGUGGUCCUCUGUAGGUCCAUUGGUAGAAUGUGAAGCUUGCAAUGCCAGGAUAGUGGGUUCGAUUCCCGGGACCACCCAUACGUAAAAUGUAUGCACGCAUGACUGUAAGUUGCUUUGGAUAAAAGAGUCUGUUAAAUGUAUUAUUAUUAUUAUUAUUAUUAUUAUUAUAUGCCUUUGUUAUUGGGAGUGAUUUUGGCUGCAUUGUGACCAUCUGCUAUUGUUUUCCCAGUCUUAUUGUUCUCUGUGUGGAUGUCUGAAUUCUCCACUACUCCUACAUGAUGCGCCACAUGUUAGCAUGCGCUCAGAACAAUGCUGUUUUGGCUCCCCUCCUCACCCCUCCUGCUCACCACGUGUUGUGUGUGGGAGGUGGAGGGGAAGGGCGGGCUGGCUGGCUGGCUUUGCACAAGCGACACAGUUCUCUCGCGCGCGCGCUCUCUCUCGCGACCACACUCCAGCAGGAAACCAGACUCUUGUUUACUGCAGUUUCUGUCUGUAUUCAAGCAAAAUGGCUGGUCCAAUGGUUUUUCAGCAAAAAUGACUUCAGGGAAUUAGGCCUCAAAACAGUCAUAGUUACCUCAGAGAAAGGUUUUUUCCAUUUUCAUGAGGCAGGCUGAUAAUGUGUAAUUUAUUUUAUUGAUGCAAUAAAAUACAAGAACUGCAACAUAAGUAAUGUAACAAUUUUCAAGAGUUAGGCCAACAAAAACUGUCUCGCUUUGGAACAUGGGUUGUUUGCUCUCAAAGCGAUAGAAUAGUUAGGGUGUCUAUACCUUAACUUAUUGUUAACCCCCCCACACCCUGUGACUGUCGUAUGAAUCUAAACAGGAAGCUAUGAUGAAUGGCCUCGUUCAGACUUCCUCCUCACAUAGUCCACUGCAUUAGUCUGACCUGUGACACCGUCAAUAGUACAAGACUGCUUCCAGCCCAUCCUUGUGAUGGUCUGAGAUUAACCUCUCCCCAUUUGAACCUAUCACAUGGUCAAUAUCUGAAAUUAUGGGCUCCCUUAGGUUCAUAACUUCUCUGAGUUAAAUUCUGACAAACCACAACCAUCUACUACUGAAAUAUAUUUGAUACGAGAUUAUCCAGGAACUAAAUGUACAUACAAGUCUACACACACGGUCACAUAAUGCCACAUUGUGAUGUACAGCUUCAGUUUCUAUAGUAAGCGUCUUGGAGCCUUUACCAUCCUCCUUCUGACAUGCCCUCUAACUAUUUCACCCGCUCUGCCCUCCGGCCUCCUGGUCCCAUUCCAUUGGCCAGCCACUUUGAUAGACAUUGCGACAGAGGGAUGGAGGGUCAAAGGGGUCAAGAGGAGGACGGAUGUCUCUACCGGCCAAAGGAUCUGUCUGUGAGAGUGAGACACGGAAGUGGGCUGCAGACGUCACUGCUGACAUCAAAGCAGACCCGACUAUCCCUACAACCCGUCUGUCUGCUGUCCGUGUUACUAUUCAUGAUGCCCAGACAUUGGUCAUGAAUCACUCCCUCUCAACCUCUAAUAACCUCUAAUACUGUGUCCAACCCUAAUAGAGGCACAGUCUACAAAGAAAAUCUCCAUGUUAUAUGGAUUCCAUGUUGUGACAGACCUCAGACACAGCCUUCUAUCUCCCUAACACCAACCCUAUCACUUCCGGUUGUAACUAGUACUCGAUAGAUGUACAAACAGGUAGGUUAGGCUCUAUCCUCUUUGUGUGUGGCUGUAGACAAGUGGAGUGCUGUGUAUUAUGAAUGGCACAGGAUCCAUGUCUCUCCUGUCUGUGUCUCUGACUGUCCCCUGUCUCUUUCUCUCUCUCUGUCUGUAGAAAAGCAGGAGAACCGUCGCCCUCUGGCCCAUGAGUGCCUGGGGGAGGUCCUGAGGGUCCUACGACAGGUCAUCAGCACCUACCCCCUCCUCAACACAGUGGAGACCCUCACUGCUGCAGGCAAACUCAUAUCUAAGGUCAAAGGUGAGACUACUGGCUGGACCAAUCAGUGGUCUACUACCUAUGGUCAAAAAGUCUAUGCUUUUAGCAAAAAUAAGUAAAUCAGUUAAAAUGGCUGAGAUGGGCUAGAAUGAACACAUUCAUUAUUUUGAUUGCAGGAUUUCAUUAUGAGACGUGUAAUGACACAGACAAGAAGGACUUUGAGAAGGCCAUUGAAACCAUUGCAGUUGCUUUUAGUAGCAAGUAAGUAUCUGGUACACCCGUUUCUCAGUAUGUAUUGUCAUGAGCUAGUAACAGUAUUGAACGGAUCCUGAAAUAAACCAAUGCUAUUACUUUUUACCACUUGAGAUGCAACAACACUAUUCUCUGGUACAGAGUAAUGGGACAUGACCACAUGUGGUGUGUCCUCAGUGGUCAGGUGGGGGGUGUAGGUGUGAUGACUGGAGAAGUACAAUGUACGUGUGUGCACAUGUGAGAUGGAGAAGUGGAGCUUAGAGCGAAACACAGUGACACAUUUGCAUGGGGCUCAGUAGAAAACAGGAAGUGUAGUGGUGGUUUUCUUAUCUUCCGUAACCUAGGACACAAAACGCAGCCAUUUGGCAUCUGUUGUCUCAACAGAUUAGUUACAGACAGAGAAUAGGUGCUUCUAUCCUCUGAGAUAAUGUGUAUGUGUGAUAAUGGUCGUUUUGAUACAAACAUAUCACUCUCCCCCCAAAAAAUGUAAAAUACAUUUUACAGCUAAAACAUGUCCUCUGAUAUGUGUACAGUAUAUUGUACAUGGGUCUAUUUAAAGUUGUAAAUAGGAAUAUAAACAAUUCAAGAGUGCUUGUUCACUUCCUGGUUCUGCACAGUACAUACAACUGCAACAGGGCAAAGAAGACACAGGAAGUUAAAUGGCCGGUGCGAUUGCACAGAGCCUGGCAUCAACCACUUCCUGAAGUUUUGUCUCUCCUUUCCUUGUUUCCUUUCCUUUUCUUUCCAUGACUACCGGUGGGGGAAAGAACCCGAAAUGUACCCUUCACAUUGCUUUAACCUAUCAAAUCCUAUUUGAUCUACAAUUUUCCCUUUUUAUUUUAGUCCUUCCUCUCUCUCCAUCUCUGAUGGAGGUACUGUCUCUGUGUAAUGGCCUCUGUCUCUGUCCUCCUCAGUGUGUCAGAGCUGCUGAUGGGGGAGGUGGACAGCAGUACCCUACUGUCCCUGCUGCCAACAGAGAAGAGCAGGGUGAGUGGGGGUUAAUUUGCCUUGGUGUGCAUGUGGCAGGAGGUAUGACAGUCUCGGCUCUCAGAGCGGAUGUUUGCGUGGCAGCAAGACCAGCUUCCUGGCAGUGACACAGUGUGUCUUUAUCUCUGCCUGUUCCUCUCCCUCGCUCUCCUGUUAUGGCGACACACACAGACCGCCUCUGAGACUCCAGAUAACACAGCUCCUUCUAUCUCAUUCAUCAAUGCAGCUCCAAUACUGACACACUGAAUUCAACAGGCCUGCACACACACACUGGGGUUAUUAUUGCCCACAGUCUAUGUGCCAAAUCCUAUUUUCAUCGAAAGUUUCACGUUUUUAUUAGUCACAUGUACAGGAUACUUACUUGCAGGUUCCUUCUCGACAAUGCAACAACAAAUAAGAAAAGAUAAGAAUACGAACAUGAAGUAAAUGGCUCAGUAGAAUACAAUUAAUAUUUUAGCAUAAGUAUAAUAAAGUAAGGCACAAUUUAUAGUCCAAUAUUUACAGAUGUUUUGGGGAUUGGGGGGCAAGUGUUUAAAAUGUGCAGUAUUUAAUAUCCAUCAUUAAAUUGUACAUCUCCAUCCCUGAGAUACCCCUUAGCAUUGCUCUGUUCCAUCAUUAUUUGUAUUGGCUCUGGUAAACACUGUGUACCGAAUAAUAUACUAUAUAUCAGGGUUGGGGUUAAUUCCACAAAUUCAGUUCUAAUUCCAUUCACUCUCCCUGUAAAUUCAAAUUCAAUGUCAGUCUUUGAAUUCAGAGAAUUCAAUUCCUCUCAACUCCAAUGUUAGGUCAUUUCCAAGAAUUCAAUUUCCAAUUCAAUUCCUUAAGGCUUUCAGGCUGAUCAUGUCACUGUUCAGACAGCCUAGCUAUACUGGAAAUAUAGAAAUACAAGUAGAAAUUAUUUAAAACAAAUCCUGCAGUGAAUUUUUUUUAUACUAGGUGCAUUCAUUCCAUUAACUGGGAAAUGUACAAAUAUUGAAUUCCAAUUCAAUUCCAAAGAUCAAAUGUUUUUACAAUUUCUAUUAAAAUAUAAACAGUCUCAUUUCAAUUCCAAAUUCAUAACUUGAAGAUGGUUGAAAUUUGAAUUUAAUUCAACGUAAGUUCUUCACUUCAUGAUUUAAUUCAAUCAUUUAAUUUGAAUUUCUAAUUAAAUUGGAAUUGAUCCCAACCUCGCUAUAUAGUACAGAAUAAGGUACUGUUUUCAGUAUUCUUGAGUGGUCUGAAACUCUUUCUCUCUGUGUGUCCAGUCUAUGGAGAACCUGUAUGGGGUGUCGGGUCAGGGACUAGAGGGAGCUCAGAUGAGGAGUGACCUGCAGGACUUUGGACGGGCCGAGGAGGUGGACAUCAUGCUGCAGCGUAGUGAAGGGGGAGUGGACUCUGCUCUGGCCUACGCUAAGACCAUCUCUAAAUACAUGAAGGACCUGAUGAGCUAUGUGGAGAAGAGGACCUCACUGGGUGGGUAGACCGACACCGCAGACAGUUCCCUACACAUAAUAGUGGAGAUUUAGGUUGAUUCUUAUACCCUGAAUGUAACAUAUUAUUGAUUUGAUGAUUCACCCAUGUAUCUUUCCCCAUCCAGAGGUGGAGUUUGCCAAGGGCUUACAAAGACUGUACCAUUCCAGCAAGCACAGCAUCACACAUGUAAGCCCUGGUGAUAUUGUCUUUUAUAGUAGAAGGAAUUAAGGAAAGGAAUACCUAAUUCACUCUCGUCAAAAUGAUUUUCAUCCAAUUCAAGAGGCUCCUGUAAUGAUGAUGCUCUUUUCCCUCUCACCACUCCCUAUCUCUCAGCCCCACAUGCCCUUCUACUCAAUCUACUCUCUGGCUCUGGAGCAGGACUUGGAGCAGAGCAGUGGCGUGCAGCAGGCCACCUCCACACUGCACAACCAGACCUUCCUACAGCCUCUGAUGCAGCGUAAACACGAGCAUGAGAAGAAACGCAAGGAGGUCAAGGAACAGUGGUACCGAGCCAAGAGGAAACUGGUCCGUUCCUUGCUAGUGCUAUUUAUGCAAUAUGUUAUCUCUCUAUUUAUAUUAUUUGUCUCACAUUGCCAUUGUUUACAGGGAUACAUUUCUUACCUUUAGAGACUACCAUUUGAGAAUAAAUCAACAAAAAGUAUCUUGAAAAAGACCCUUAUCUUUGUUUUCUCUCUCAAGAUUUUUCCCAAUUUGUUUUGCUGAAGACUGAUUCUGUGUACCUAUGUGUUUGUGAUCCAGCUGGAAUGUGAGUCUAACCUGCGCAAGGCCAAGCAUGCCUACAUGGCGCGCUGUGAGGAGCACGACAAGGCCAAAGCAGCCGCUAGUAGAGCAGCAGAGGAAGAUGGAGGAGGCUCGACCACCAAGUCUCUGGGCAAGAAGUUACGAGUGGAAGAAGACGCUCGCAACAAGGUCCCCAUCACUGCAUAUGUUAUUUUUCUGCCAUUCUCUCUCCUCUCCACUCUUCUACUCAUCUCGCCUCCCCCCCAUCUCUCCUCUCCAUAUCUUGCCUAGUCUCUACUCUCCCUCCCCUCUCCAGGGAAAUCUGCUAAAAAGCAGUCUUGUGUCCCGUCUCUGACUACAAGUCAUUGUCAAAGCCUAUGGCCAUUUUUCAUUGAGUAUGUACAGUGCCUUCGGAAAGUAUUCAGACCCCUUGACUUUUUGACUUUUUACACAUUUUGUUAUGUUACAGCCUUAUUCUAAAAUGGAUUACAUUUUUUUUAAAUCCUCAAAAAAAUCCUCAGCAAUCUACACACAAUACCCCAUGAUAACAAAGCGAAAACAGGUUUUUAGAAAUGUUUGCAAAUGUAUUAAAAAUGUAAAACAGAGGUCCUCUCGAGUGGCGCAGCGGUCUAAGGCACUGCAUCGCAGUGCUUGAGGUGUCACUACCAACCCGGGUUCGAUCCCAGGCUGUGUCAUAACCGGAUGUGACCGGGAGUCCCAUAGAGUGGAACACAAUUGGCCCAGCAUCGUCUGGGUUAGGGGAGGGUUUGGCCUGGGGGUCUUUACUUGGCUCAUCGCGCUCUAGCGGCUUCUUGUGGCGGAUCGGGCGCCUGCAGGCUGACUGCGGUCAUUAGUUGAGCGGUGUUUCCUCCAACACAUUGGUGCAGCUGGAUUCCGGGUUAAUCAGGCGGGUGUUAAGAACACAGUUGACAGUGCAUGUCAGAGCAAACGCCAAGCCAUGAGGUCGAAGUGCUCCGAGACAGGAUUGUGUCGAGGCACAGAUCUGGGGAAGGGUACCAAACAAUUUCUGCAGCAUUGAAGGUCUCCUGAGUGGCGCAGUGGUCUAAGGCACUGCAUCGCAGUGCUAACUGUGCUACUAGAGAUCCUGGUUCGAAUCCAGGCUCUGUCGCAGCCGGCCGCGACCGGGAGACUCAUGGGCGGCGCACAAUUGGCCCAGCGUCGUCCAGGGUAGGGGAGGGAAUGGCCGGCAGGGAUGUAGCUCAGUUGAUAGAGCAUGGCGUUUGCAACGCCAGGGUUGUGGGUUCGAUUCCCACGGGGGGCCAGUAUAAAAAAAAAAAUUAAAUAAAAAAAAAAUGUAUUCACUAACUGUAAGUCGCUCUGGAUAAGAGCGUCUGCUAAAUGACUAAAAUGUAAUGUAAAUGUAAGGUCCCCAAGAACACAGUGGCCUCCAUCAUUCUUAAAUGGAAGAAGUUUGGAACCACCAAGACUCUUCCUAGAGCUGGCAGCCUGGCCAAACUGAGCAAUCGGGGGAGAAGGGCCUUGGUCAGGGAGGUGACCAAGAACCCGAUGGUCACUCUGACAGAGCUCCUCUGUGGAGAUGGGAGAACCUUCCAGAAGGACAUCCAUCUCUGCAGCACUCCACCAAUCAGGCAUUUGUGGUAGAGUGGCCAGACAGAAGCCACUCCUCAGUAAAAGGUACAUGACAGCCCGCUUGGAGUUAGUGCCAAAAAGCACCUAAAGACUCUCAGACCACGAGAAACAAGAUUCUCUGGUCUGAUGAAACCAAGAUUUGAACUAUUUGGCCUGAAUGCUGAGCACCAUCCCUACGGUGAAGCAUGGUGGUGGCAGCAUCAUGCUGUGGGGAUGUUUUUCAGCGGCAGGGACUGGGAGACUAGUCAGGAUCGAGGCAAAGAUGAACGGAGCAAAGUACAGAGAGAUCCUUGAUGAAAAUCUGCUGCAGAGUGCUCAGGACCUCAGACUGGGGCGAAGGUUCACCUUCCAACAGGACAAUGACACUAAGCACACAGCCAAGACAACACAGGAGUGGCUUCGGGACAAAUCUCUGAAUGUCCUUGAGUGGCCCAGCCAGAGCCUGGACUUGAACCCGAUCAAACAUCUCUGGAGAGACCUGAAAAUAGUUGUGCAGCAACACUCCAACCUGACAGAGCUUGAGAAGAUCUGCAGAGAAGCAUGGAAGAAACUCUCCAAAUGCAGGUGUGCCAAGCUUGUAGCGUCAUACCCAUGAAGACUCAAGGCUGUAAUCGCUGCCAAAGAUGCUUCAACAAAGUACUAAGUAAAGGGUGUGAAUACUUAUGUAAAUGUCAUAUUUCAGGUUUUUAUUUUUAAUAAAUUAGCAAAAAUGUCAACAAAAAAAUAUAUAUAUAUGUAUUUGCUUUGACAUUAUGGGGUAUUUUGGCUAGAUUGAUGAGGGGGAAAAAAACAAUUUAAUCAAUUUUAGAAUAAGGCUGUAACGGUGCAAAAUGUGGAAAAAGUCCAGGGGUCUGAAUACUUUCCGAAUGCACUGUAUGCCAUUAACCUAGCUGAGAAUUGACCAGUGUGUGUGUGUGUGUGUGUUCAGGCUGAAGAGGCAGAGGCCACCUACAGGACAUGUAUAGCAGACGCCACCACCCAGCAGCAGGAGCUGGAACACGUCAAGGUCAAUGUGCUCCGACUGCUGCAGGAGGUCAUCAAACAGAGUGACCAGACACUGCGCUCGGUCAGUACACGCACACACACAAUUUGUUCAGAGCACCUUGAGCCUGCUGACCAAUCUGUUCAGCUUACAUUCCACUCCUUGUACUCCUUGUCAUGGAAUGUAAGCUAAACCUUCGCCUCCACCACAUGACCAUUUACAUGACUUCCGUUCUAUUCCUCUCCUUCCCUCCAGGCCACCAUCUCGUACUACCAGAUAAUGCACAUGCAGACAGUGGUGUUGCCGGUACACUACCAGACUCUGUGUGAGAGCAGUAAGCUGUAUGACCCGGGACAGCAGUACGCUGCCCACGUCAGAGACCUGCAGCUCACUGAGGAGCCUGAGGUCACCUACCAGUUUGAGCCCUACACCGCCACCACAGCCUCCACACAGUGAGUCACUCCUAGCCUCAAAGCAUAAUAAAAAGCAUUUGGUUUAUUAGGUGCCAAUGGGCACUCGGUCACCUUACACCAAGUAAUAAAUAGGUGGUGAUAGAUAGUAUAAUGUUUUGUGACUGACUGAUUUUUAUAUCUGUUAAUUCAGGCAGCCAGCUCGACCCCUUACUGACAGCUUCAACACAGACCAGCACAGCAGCUCUGAGGGUCAACCCAGCACCGGAGAGACCACUACAGGAGAGGACCGCAGCGCUGAAAACGCCAGAAAGAGUGUGUUAUUUUGUAUGAUAUUGAUGCGGUUCUUACUCUCUGUCUUGUGCUGUCUCACCAUGCAAGACGUUAAGUCAAUGGUGUAGGUUUACAGCGCAAGACAAAACAGUGUAGACCUACAUUAGAUAAUCUUGUGUCCCCUUCCCAGGACAAAGCCACAAAUCGUGGGGUUCUGCAGUGAGUGAUGCAGACAGUGUAGAAGGGGAAUCUCCUACCACCAGUUCAGGUAAGGCAUGCUCUCUCUCUCUCCCUCUCUCUCUUUCUCUCUCUGGCCAUCUUCUGCAGUACUGUAGCUGUGUGUGUGUGUGUUAUAGUUUUGUGUGUUUUAGGUGACAUCAGUAAAAUGGCGCGCACCUCCUCCACCGGGACCAUGUCAUCCAAUGAGGAUCCAGAUGAGAAGGACGGGAACGUGGCCUCCUUUGAAGCACCAAGUGAGACCUGAGGUCUACCUCCUCUCUGUUUGCCAAUUAUUACAUAAUUGAUCGAUUAAUUGAUAAAUGCAUUAAUCUUCCUCUGCAGACAUAAAUGGCAUGGAGCCUGAGAUUGCGGUUCCAACCGGACCAUUCCGGAACAUUGGGCUCUCCAAAGCCGCCCAGACUCAUCGGCUGCGUAAACUCCGCACCCCGUCCAAGUGUCGGGAGUGCGACAGCUACGUGUAUUUCCAGGGAGCAGAGUGUGAGGAGGUGAGCGAACACCAUCUCCUUCGUCACCUUUUAUUCUUUGAAAGCAAUAAACUUUGGCUGCUCGAUUAGCUGAUUACUUCUGUUUUUCUGUGUGAAUGAUCUCUCUGACUUUCAUUGGUUAUCAUCCUGACCUCUAACCCCUUGACCUAUACCCCCUAUCCUCUAUACCAGUGUUUCCUGGCAUGUCAUAAGCGGUGUCUGGAGACGUUGGCCAUCCAGUGUGGCCAUAAGAAGCUGCAGGGUAGACUCCAGCUGUUCGGCCGAGACUUCUCCCAGGUGUCCAGCGGCAGCUCUGACAGCAUCCCCUUCAUCAUCACUAAGUGCAUUUCCGAGAUAGAGAGACGAGCCCUGAAGAUGAAGGUGAGGGAACGGAGGAUGAAGGAAAGAAGUGUGAAGGGUCUGUUGCUUGAAAAGAGCGUAAUGGAUGGCUGUAUGAAUGCAUUAUUUUCUUCUUCUCUAUCCUUCUCUCAAACAUUUGUCUCCCUCUCUGCAGGGUAUUUACAGAGUAAAUGGGGUGAAGACUCGUGUAGAGAAACUGUGUCAGGCCUUUGAGAACGGCAAGGAACUAGUGGAGCUCUCACAGUGUUCCCCCCACGACAUCAGUAACGUCCUCAAGCUCUACCUCCGACAGGUACACACCUUGUAGCUGUUUCAGCCUCCAUAUUUGAUUGCACUUAUCAUGGUUGUCUUUGGAUAAGAUGGCUACAAAGAUCAAAAUCUCCCGCUCUGUCCUCCACAGCUUCCGGAGCCCAUCAUGCCGUUCCGCCUGUAUAACAGCCUCAUGGGGUUAGCCAAGGAGAGUCUGCAAACUGAGGGAGGGGAGGCCGGGACAGGAGGAGGGGAAGCCGGGACGGGGAAGGGGCCAGAGCUGGUGGACCUAGGACCAGAUACGGACCCAGCGGUCCUGGCCGUGGUGGAUAGACUUAGGGAGCUGGUGAAAGAGCUGCCCAAGGCUAAUGUAGCCACGCUGCGCUACAUCGUACGCCACCUGCGCAGGUGAGCAGCUCAGAAGAGCAUACCACAUUGCUUACUCACUUUUUUCCUUACACAGAUCAUUACAAACGAGGAUUCACCACUGUGAUCAUGUAUUACUUGUUUUAACCUCCCUGUCAUAUCAUCGUUCUUCCCCCUUCCCCCCAGCCUUGGUUUCUCAAAUGACUGCCUCGCCUGGUUCACCAACUACUUCUCAGAUAGAGUUCAAUGUGUUAAAUCGGAGGGCCUGUUGUCUGGACCUAUGGCAGUCUCUAUGGGGGUGCCACAGGGUUCAAUUCUUGGGCCGACUCUUUCUCCAUGUAUAUCAAUGAUGUCGCUCUUGCUGCUGGUGACUCUCAUCUCCACCUCUACGCAGACGACACCAUUUUGUAUACAUCUGGCCCUUCAUUGGACACUGUGUUAACAAACCUCCAAACAAGCUUCAAUGCCAUACAACACUCCUUCAGUAGCCUCCAACUGCUCUUAAACACUAGUAAAACUAAAUGCAUGCUCUUCAAUCGAACGCUGCUUGCACCCGCCCGCCCGACUAGAAUCACUACUCUCGACGGGUCUGACCUAGAGUAUGUGGACAACUACAAAUACCUAGGUGUCUGGUUAGACUGUAAACUCUCCUUCCAGACUCACAUUAAGAAUCUCCAAUCUAAAGUUAAAUCCAGAAUCGGCUUCCUAUUUCGCAACAAAGCCUCCUUCACUCAUGCUGCCAAACAUGCCCUCAUAAAACUAACUAUCCUACCGAUCCUUGACUUUGGCGAUGUCAUUUACAAAAUAGCCUCCAACACUCUACUCAGCAAAUUGGAUGUAGUCUAUCACAGUGCCAUCCGUUUUGUCUCCAAAGGCCCAUACACUACCCACCACUGUGACCUGUACGCUCUUGUUGGCUGGUCCUCAUUACAUGUUCGUCAUCAAACCCACUGGCUCCAGGCCAUCUAUAAAUCACUGCUAGGCAAAUCCCCGCCUUAUCUUAGCUCAUUGGUCACCAUAGCAACACCCACCCAUAGUAUGCGCUCCAGCAGGUAUAUCUCACUGGUCAUCCCCAAAGCCAACACCUCCUUUGGCUGCCAUUCCUUCCAGUUCUCUGCUGCCAAUGACUGGAACGAAUUGCAAAAAUCUCUGAAGCUGGAGACUCUUAUCUCCCUCACUAACUUUAAGCAUCAGUUGUCAGAGCACCUUACCGAUCACUGCACCUGUACACAGCCCAUCUGAAAUUAGCCCACCCAACUACCUCAUCCCUAUAUUGUUAUUUAUUUUGCUCAUUUGCACCCCAGUACCUCUAUUUGCACAUAAUCUCUUGCACAUCUAUCAUUCCAGUGUUAAUACUAAUUGUAAUUAUUUUGCACUAUAGCCUAUUUAUUGCCUUACCUCCAUAACUUGCUACAUUUGCACACACUGUAUAUAUAUUUUCUGUUGUAUUUUUUGACUUUAUGUUUUGUUUUACCCCAUAUGUAACUCUGUGUUGUUGUUUUUAAUCGCACUGCUUUGCUUUAUCUUGGCCAGGUCGCAGUUGUUAAUGAGAACUUGUUCUCAACUGGCUUACCUGGUUAAAUAAAGGUGAAAUAAUUUUUUUUUUUUAAAAUCUCUGUCGUCAGGAUUGCAGAGUUGGAGCAGGACAAUAAGAUGAGUCCCAGUAACCUGGGCAUCGUUUUUGGCCCCUCUCUGAUACGGCCCCGGCCCACAGGGGCCACAGUGUCCUUGUCCUCUCUAGUAGACUACCCCCACCAGGCCCGCAUCAUAGAGACUCUCAUAGUCUUCUACACAGACAUCUUCCAGUCCAAAUCCUCUAGCACCAGAAGUCGCCCAUCCUUCAUCUCCACCCAACAGGUGUGUUUUUGUAAGGCAUGUGUCUGUGCACAUACUUUUUUUAGAUCAGCAAAACCAGACGUUUAAUAAUAUUUGUAUCAUACAGGAAGAAUGUGAACGCUUUCAUUUUAACCACACCCAAUAGCACAACCAAUACCAGAGUUGGAAGGUUUGAACUCAAGUUCCCUGUUUUAACUCAUGUUUGUCUCCCACUGCUGGUGCAGAGUGUCAGUGUGGAUGUUGAUGAGGGCAGCAGUGCCGUGGUAACUGAAGGAGAGGAACAGGAAGCCAAUGAGGAACAGAGCAGAACAGACUCUGACAAGAUGGAGGAGGGCUGUGGUAAGAGAUGUUUAGAUGGACUUGAAUAAGAAUUACUACACUUUUGCCUUUUGAUUUGAGUUACAUCUUUAUAACUUGUAUUUAUCCAGGUGACCAGUGCCACUUCAUUACAGCCCUUCACUUUUUCUCCAUGCAGACAGUUUUCCAGGUUCCCUGGGCUCCAGUGAGCAGAUUGUGGACUCUGACUCAGAGCUGGAUGAGACUGGGAGGGGGUCCACACACCAUCCACACUGCCUGGUCAAACAGGAGAGUGAGGUCAGCACAGAGGAUGACCAACUGAGCUGUAGGGAUAGUCUGGAACUCUCCAGCCAGUCUCUACCCCAGACCGACCCGGAUCCAGACCAAGACCAGGAGGGUCCCGAUGCCUCAGACCACGACCCCCCUGAGCCCCCAGACAGCGAGCCCCCGGACCUAGAGGUGUCUGAGGAGGAGCUGAGCGUCUCCCUGGCUGAGCUCAACAUGAAUCAGUCCAACAACUAUGUUCUGGGCCAUGUGUGUAGCAAAUCUCAGUUUGCUGCCGAGGGACAGGGAGACAGAGUUUGUGUAAACAUUACCUGUGCAAUGUGUCAACCUCACUGA